GUCUCUUUAGUGAUAUCAACGGUUGGGACCAAUUCAAGUAAUGAAGCCGAUAACAGUGGUUUUUACACCGGUCUUGGUCUUGCCAUUAGUUCUAGCGUUUUCAUCGGAAGUAGUUUUAUCAUCAAGAAGAAGGGACUGCUCAAGGUUACUAGAAGUUCAGGAACGAGAGCAGGUAAACAAAAAAGUGAACAGCGUGGUUUAGUAGUUUGCGGUGACACAGCGAUCUCGGAUGCUUUCGUUUUGCUGGAUGAAAAACAUUAAUUUUUAAAAGUUAGAUAGAAAUAUAAUACGAUCGUGAGCCAACCUCUGAUGAACGUAACGGAAAGUGACUAAGACUUAUUUAGAUCGCUUGUAUGAUAUUUCUCUCCUUAUUUUUAGGUCAAGGAGGUUAUGCUUAUCUGAAAGAAUGGCUGUGGUGGUCUGGCAUGAUAACGAGUAAGUUUUGAGUUUAAAUAUUCUCGAAUCGAACAGCUUAGUAAUUCAAUCUUUCUGCAGCAGCUGCAACUUAACGUAAAGUCUUUUCAGCCGCUUUAUUUCUUCGUCUCUGGAGAAACCGUGCAAUAGAUUCUCUAUUCUCUAAUAAAGUGUGAAGUUGUAAACCUCCAUUACUUAACAAAAUUUUCUCGUUAGGAAUUCCUAUGUCAUUUUCUUUCAUAAAAUGGAUACGAUUUUUAUACGCGUUCACUGUGAUAUUGAGCAUGGGUAUUUAUUAAAACUUCUGUAUUUGCUUCACAAAUCGAGUUUAUGGAGAAAGUAUUCAAGGUAGUGAAAAAAAAUUCUUUUAGAGGUGACACAAUAACUAGUCAGUCACCGAGUAGUACAAAUUCUGGCACAUACACGAGGAAGUAAACUAUAUAAGCAAACAUAACAAGUAGUAAAUUAUCCCUACUGGCCGAAGACUAACAAGUUAGCCAUAAUCCAAGCGUGACUAAGGAGCAGCGCUGUGAACUUUUGGCCGUAUCUCCUGGUCUCCAGAUUAGAGUAUGAAAUCCCCCGGAUAAUCGCCCAAGUGUACCAAUUCUUGUAGACUUGACUUUCCGACCGAGUGAUGCAACAACUAGUCAGUGACCGAGUAGUAUAAAUCCUGGCACAUACACAAGGACAUUAACUAUAACAUAGGCACGUUAAACGUGCAUGAGCUAUUUUGAAUGCUUCAGUGUAAUUUUAAUGCUUCGGUGUAACCUUACCAAGAGUGAUGAAUCUACCUCGUUCAUCCUAAAUGUAGAUUGUGUUUUUUUGCGAAAUUGCGUAUUGCGGUACAUAAAUGAAAACGCGAAACGCUCAGCUAAGUCGAUCCUCAAGCUAUAUAUUCACUUUCCUCUGUCUUUCCCUGUUACAUCUGGUGCAAGUUAAACAAAUCGUUAAAGUGAAUAAAUUUCUACUCACCAAACGUUGAUUAGAAGGAAAACUCUAAGGUUUCGUCGGAGUUUCUUAAGCCAAAAUGUGACUCAUCGAAUACUGAAUAGUUACGAAAUACCAGGAUUUUUUAUCAUUGUGGUAGAUGGUUGCAUCAUCUUAAUUCACGAGGUUUUCACGUUCGAUUCUACUCAGUGAAACGGUCUUUAACUCUGACAACUUAUUUUGUCAUGUUUUAAAAGCUAUUGCUUCUCAAAAGACAAGAGCCUUUUUUAAGGCAUUGGUUACUAAACGAAACAGGUCUUCAUACGUCCAAGUUACUAUUAUUAUUGUGAAAAGCCAAUCUGCAUGAGAUGUACAGUCACACAGCUGGCACGUGAAAGUGUUGAACUCUGCCCCCUUUUGUGGUUCGUACGUGAGGGAAUUCGAGUUAUCACACAGUAAUCUAGUAAACAGAAUUAUAAAAAUGCACACAAUUUGCAUGUGAAGAUGUUGGUCUUUGGCCCUUUCACAAUUCGUACGUAAAAAAGAGGCAAAUUGUUUUACUACAAAAUUUUCUCAAACAAUUUUAAGAAAUCACCUCGGCUUUAUUACAACAUCUGCAAUAAAAUUAUGUUUCAUGCAACGUCAAGGUUGAUAGCCUAACAUUUUUUAACUUCCAAGAAAAUUAUCAAACAGCUGAAAUAUAUUUCUACCUACAUCAUGUUACUUCACUCAAUAUAGCAGUAUCUAAUACUAGCUUCUUCCAAUUUUAUUCCGUAACGCUACUGUUUCUACUUAAGUUACGCAUCUUUACUAAAUAGAGCGAAAAAGGGCGGUUGAACUUUGUAAGCGAGAGAAUAAUAUUUUUUAAGCUUGUUUACAGGAUUAACAAUACUCGAUACAGCUUUCAAAAAAAUAACCUACCUUUUAAACUUCUAAAACCACAUUUUAUAGGGCGCAUACUUUUCUAAUUAAAGUCUAUAUCCAAAUAUCAAUUAUUGCUUCAUUGGAAGAGAUUUGAAAAUAUAUGAUCUUUUAUACUCUACCCAGUUGUAGCAGGUGAAACAGAACUCAUACUGACGUGCGUUGUACCAAUAGCCGAAUUAGGUCAGAAAUGCCUUGAAGCAGCAUCCACACUUAAAUAUGAACCCUUAAACAGCUGCAUCACUGUUCACAGCGUUUGAAUCAUGAAGAUAUUUUAUGUAAUGCUUCCAAACACCUGGACUCAUCUGGACUCAUAAUAAAAGGUGAAAAAAUUGUGAAGGAUCAAGAUGGCGGUCUCAAAGUGCCCUUGUUCGACCUUUGCCAAUGCCAUGUUUAAAUAGAUGCCAAGAUCUCAUUGGUUCCUAGGCAUCAACUCAUAGUAACUUCAACCUUAUUGGCUCUUGCAGCAAACAUCCCAACAUACAAAGCCACAAAGAUACAUAGGCUCACACCACUGCAAUAAGCAAACAUAUAAGUAGUAAAAUAAUUAUCCCUACUGGCCAAAGACAAACAAGUUAGCCAUAAUCCAAACUUGACUGAGGAGCAGUGCUGUGAACUCUCCCAGAUAAUCCGGGAAACUCCAGAUUUUGGCCGUAUCUGCCAGUCUCCAGAUUAGAGUGUGAAAUCUUCUGGAUAAUUACCCAAGUUUACCAAUUCUUGUUGACUCAACACAAUACUUUGUGUUGUUUGAGCUAUUUAUUUAUUUUUAUGGAACGUUUCCUCAUAACCUGCAGCAUGCCAUUGUAAUUUAAGCAAUUAUGUGGCUUUAUAUGAACUGUUUUAUGUGGUAUUAUGUUGAUUGGAGUCAACAAGUUUUUUUCGCUCAAAUGACAUCAUGUGCCAUGUGAUGUGACAUCAUCUAUCAUCCCUUCCCUAUCAAUUUUUAAUAUUUGAAGAUGUGGGGGAUUGACAGCUCUGAGGAGUUUAACUUGGGGUUAUAUAUGAAAUUGAAGCUUCAAAUUUCCUCCCUUCUCCCUCCAGGUGUACAUACCCCAGGCAUUUGACAACUUUGCCUUCCUAGGAGGGGGGUUGGGGGAGAAUUUGAUAUUAGGAAGCUUAAGCAACAAUGACAGCUACGAAAACAUCACUUAAAAUGUGAAGUCGCGCUGCUUCAAACUUUAUCAUACUUAUUCCAUCUCUUUUUGACAUCACAAAUUUCGGGUCCCUGCUAUGACUCAGACAUUGAACUUGAUAUCUGUUAAGAGUUUUGUAUGGGGAAAGUCACAUUCACCAACAAAUUUAUGUCAUCUUUGAAGAUUUUUAUCGUCAAAAGAAACACAAUCCAGAUGUUGUAGUUAAUUUUUUAUCUCAGGUGAUUUUUGUUUUUCUUUUGUUUUGGGAUAUGGUAAUGUACGCUAAUGAAGUUGAAACAAAAGAAAAACGAAAAUUAACUGAGAUAAAAAAUUAAGUACAACAUUAUAUCCUGAAAAUUAUGAAUGUGUGCCAAGACAAGGUUAGACAUGGAAAAACGUGUACAGAUGAGUGAUUUUAUUCAUAAAUGCAGUGUCAUUACUGUGGGUAAAAUGUAUAUAAUACAACAUUACUAAGAAUUGGAUGGAUAGCAGGAUGUCAUAACUGUUCUUAAAAGGCUCAUUUGGUUAAUGAGGCAAAUGAUGCUCGGUUUUUUUUUUGAAGAGUGAAGGCAACUCUUAUUAUGCUGAAAAAACAACUUACAAAAAAGUAUGAUGCACAUGCAGAGUUGUUGUUUUGCCAAUUUAAGGUGGCCCGUUCCUAUUUAUAUGCGUGUUGGUUAUGUUUUUGAUUCGCGUUUUUCAGAAUGAAAGAUUCAACCGAUUUCUACGAACUUUUGCGUCCUUAAUAAAUAAUGAUGGAACUUUAAGAAAACGUUAUUUAUUUUUUUAUAGGUAUAAAAGCUUUUGAGAUAUCGGCAUAUAUUUAAAAUUUCAUUUUUACGAAAAAUGAAAAUAACUUUGAAAUCCCACGACAGAUUUUUCCCUAAUUUCAGCAAAUAAGCCUCAGAGCUCUCUAGUUUUAUGUCUGCAAGUUUGAAGGCAAUUGUGACCGUAGAAAUCGCUCCACAAAAUGUUGGUCAAAUUUAAAGCUAAAAUGAUAGGCUAACACAUUUGUGAAUGUAAACGCACAAAUAGCAGAAGAGAGCUGACAAACUACCUCUUAACUGAAACGUUGUUCUUACCCAAAGCAUUGUUGGAAGAAAAUGAGUAAUCGGACAACUACGGCGAACACAGUUAGUGCUUUAAUACGACCAACUUUCUGCCCAUCUGAAGAUGCUUUUCAACUGCGAUGGCGGCGAUGAAAGUCACAAACACAAUGCUGACAGCAACAUGGCUUCCUCCUCCAGACGUGAAAGGACCGCUUUUGAAAUUUAGACUAGGGAUAUAUGCACCCCCCUCCUAAGAAGGCCUCUGGCUUUGAUUUCUUGUGAUGUGUCUCAGGGCUUGCACAAGCCAUAAAAAAUCAUUGUGUUGGAUGACAUUGUGAGUUUGGAUAAUUAAAUAGGCAAGAUUACAGCUUAUUUGUGGAUCGGCUAAAAAAACAAGGGAUCAUACUUCAGCUUUGUUUUGUCUGCGGUCAACUUGGCCUUAAGAGCAUUAGGUAGCAUAUUAAUAGUUAAGCAACAUGAUUGAUUUUAAGAAGCAGUACAAAUCAAAAUCCAUGCCGCUUGUCACAUUCAAAGUGAUGGAUUAUGUUACAUGUGAAAUCAUGCAGAAUGACCUUUGAACAUUGACGCAUGCCCGUUUCUUUUGUACAACAUUCGUAACAACAUUUUCUGUAGGCUUUAGUAAACUCUGACUCAACAAGCCAACACUAGUAUGUAACGUUUGAUUUUUCUUCCCGUUUAACUGAGCACUGCACUAAAAGCAAGAGUGCCUGGCUGGGCGAGCGGCAAGUUUGUUUCAGUCACCUGAAGCUAAAUGUUAGUCGCCUCAAGCGGCCGGGCGCCAUGAGAGCAGAGCCUUGGUAUGUUGUAGAGUUUGCCAGAUACAUUACUGCCAGGAAUAACUCCAGUUAGUGCCAAGAGCAGGUUUUGAGUUUACAUCAGUGCAUUUAACCACUCAGUGAUACUACCUCCCAUAGUUAGAGGUUAUUAUUUUAUUUUACCACCAGUGGAUGAACAGAGGUCUUAAAUCUUAUCAAACUAUUAAGAGAGGUAGACAAGGGCCAGUCCCGAUAAUUAACGGGCCUGGUAAGCCGUCCCCGUUUAUAUUAAAUAUCGAGGUUUCAAAAGUUUUGCAUCUAGCAUGAUAGAACUAUCAGUUAAUGAAACAAAAUGGAGUAGUCUGCUAGCCAGGACCCGCGGUCUUAUUCUUUAUAUUUCGAUUUGAAUAUUUGAUUUCGGGCCCGAAAAGUUAGCGGGACUUUCGAGAAACGGGCCCAGGCUUAGCAGAAGGUAGACACUUGAGUUAGUUUAUAUAGAAUUUGAAACACUGACAAAAAAAAUAAGUGAUGACAAGUGAACUCCAGAGGCAUUCUCUUAUGUAUCAGUCAAUUCCAAAAGUGCCUGCCCCAUUCCAUACACACAAGUGUAAUAAGGGUGUAGGAAAAUGAUAAAUAUAAUACAUCUAAAAAAGGAAACACAAGGUUAACCUUAUCACGUUCACUUAAAGAAAGUGUGGAGGAAAACAUCAAUAUAUAACUAGUUACUUAUUACAAUAAUUAAUCGAGAAAUAAUUUAAAUCAUGAUUAUGAAUUAUUCUUUAAUUUUAAGUAAUGUUUGGCUUUGGUCUUGUGCUACCCCUAAGGGAAUUUAGGGGACACGUUGCGAUAGGCAACUGAUUUAAUUCAUAACACCCCUUCUAUGGUUUAAAGAUUUAAGGUCUUACAAUUUGCAAUUCUCUAUACUAACACACAGUGUAUUGUUUUUACAGUGAUAGUUGGUGAAAUUGCCAACUUUACAGCAUACGCCUUUGCACCAGCCAUACUUGUUACUCCACUAGGUGCUCUCAGUGUUUUAGUAAGGUGAGUUGAAAGUAACAGACAGUCAAUUAAAGUGCCUCUUGUGAUUAAGCUAUGUAGUAGUUUUUUAAAAUGCUCAAUUUGUAACAUGAACCACACGAAUUACCAACAAGUGAUGUUUCAUGCUCAUGAAAAAGGUAAAUUAGAUUUUUUCAAUGCUUGUCUGUUGCAAUGGGCCAUUCCCUCUAGUGUUGCUUAACAGGUGGCCACUUCCCUUAAAUGUUUUUUCAGCUAAGGCAUUAUGAAAAAUUAUCAGUUUUUAGUAAGAAAUCAUGAUUCUAAAAUUCAUCCGUGAUCAGGCUGUAGACGUAGUAAAGGCUUCACGCAAAAUAGAUGGCACCCAAGAGAAUUCCCCCUCAGAAUUUCCAAUGAACUUCGGUGGGAGGGGUAUGGAUAUUUUCUGGAACCAGACAAUGUAAGGCGGUGUCCAGACUUUAAGAAUAAUACGUAAAAAUCUUUGUUUUACAAUUUUAAAGGGUAGAGAGAUAAAAAACAAAGGAGACCAAUUUUGUUGGGAGAAAAAUGUGAAAAUUUUAGCGGCAGUGAGAAAAUGAGAACUAGCGGCCACCAAGAUGAAAAUGAGAGGCAGCAAAAAAAAAAGGUUAACAGUCUAACACGUUCAACAUCAGUCCUCCAUAAAACAUGUAACUAGGAAGUUUCACAUCAUAGUCAUGCAAAAUGACAGCAAAGAAAUGUACAAAACUAGUGUGCUGCACAUACAAAGUUGUUUCUUUGCUAAUUGGACCUAUCUUUUUGUUGUGUCACGGCUUAGCAUUACACGAUUUUAUGUUUUGUUUGUGUAAACUAUAAAUAUUAAUGAGAGCUUCACUAUUAAUGAGAGCCUCUCUUUUAGCCCUGGUAAAUGGUUGAACUCUACAAACAUUGUAUGUUUUAGAGUACUUGAAAGACCUGCAAAUUUUAAUUGCUAUCAUUUGAUUUGCUGUGUUUGUUUUCCUACCUUUUCUUGAACUGUUUUUAUUUCUAUUCCUAGUGCAAUGUUGGCAUCAUAUUUCUUGAAUGAGAAACAAAACCUCCAUGGGAAAAUAGGUUGUAUUUUAUCAAUUAUUGGUUCCACUGUUCUGGUCAUACAUGCACCACAGGAAGAAGAGGUGACAAGUAUGGAAGUACUGGAGCCAAAGCUUGCAUCUCCAGGUUAUUUAAUAUUUCUUUUGUCUAUUAUUGAGCAAGAAUCUUGCAAGAAUAUAUUAUGUUGAAUUUUGCAUUUUUAUUAAGCAAAUUAACAGCUACUGAAUCAUCUGCUACAUGUAAUUUGCAAUCAGAGCUCUACAUUUUAGUAAAGAUACAGGUAACUAGUCUUAGGAAGAUUGAUUUGAGACAUCUCACUUUACCCAACGACCACUUAAUGUAGCGUGUCCACACUUUCCAAUGUCGCGAGGGACGUAAAGAGCUGCCAUUGAAUAUACCAGUAUCUUGAUGUAUUUUUUCUACUCAAAGUGGUAGAAUUAGCUAUUUCAGGCACACUUCUGUCCAUUACCUGUAAAAACCGUGGUUAGUACACCUGGCCCACAUAUACUGUCAUUCAGGUGUACUUAGGACUAUUGCUUGUGUUAAAUCACAGAAAACAGAAAUAAUCUACGGGGUUAAUUGUUAAUUGCUGAAAAGUAGUCUGCAGAGGCCUACAGGAGUGUAAUCAUGGAAUGUAGACAUUUACAUGUAUUGUCAACUUACAAGAGCUUCUCAUUUGUAAAUUUAUGUUUUCUUUCAUGUUUUCAGGUUUUGUGACAUACAGUAUCCUUGUUAUAGCACUUGCAUUUGUGUUAAUCUUCUAUUAUGGACCACGCCAUGGAAAAACAAACAUUCUGGUUUACAUUGCAAUCUGUUCUCUGAUUGGCUCGUUGUCUGUCAUGGGAUGUAAAGGCCUUGGAAUAGUAAUAAAACAGACUGUCAGUGGACACAGCCAGUUAGCAAAUCCUGUUGCUUGGGGGUUAUUAGGAGCUGUAUUGGCGUGCGUCAUGACACAGAUGAACUACCUAAACAAAGCUCUUGAUAUCUUUAAUACUUCACUGGUCACUCCAAUCUAUUAUGUUAUGUUCACUACGCUAACAAUUAUCGCAUCAGCCAUUUUGUUCCGAGAAUGGGAAGUGAUGAACUCAAAAGACACUAUUGGAGCAAUCUGUGGAUUUUUGACCAUAGUAUUUGGCGUGUUUUUGUUGCACGCAUUUAAAGAUGUUCACUUUAGUUUAAAGGACGUCUUAAAGUUUUCUCAGACAAAUGGUGUACAAAGAGCAAGGAAACCUCAUGCUCCACUGAAUGAUGAAUCAGAAGCAAUCCUUAUGCAUCACAUGGGAGGUGACGAUGAGGAAGAAACUGCGUUUGCAAAUAAUGCCAACCAUUUAUGA